CGAGGAGUUGGCAACUUCCUGUUCAGCACCGCAGACAGAGAAACAAUCCGACUCGUCCACACCCACUUCUGGUCCACGUUACCGCUGCCCUUCUCUUUCCAAACAUAGAGAGGUCCGCCGCCUACGCUUUAUCAGCUUUAGUGCAGGUCGACUUGCUCUCGGCCGGGAGGCAUUUGAGUGGUUGUUGGAUGUGAUAUAGUGAGAAAGUCGCUAUAAUCAGCAGCUGAGUACCGGUGUGUUGUUUGCCCAGGCUCAGGUGCGGAGCUCCGUGUUCUACUUUCCGUGGGAACUGCCUGUAAUAACUUGGACCAUAAAGGGAUUUCCAGGGCCUCCAUCAUCAUUAUUUUGACUGUUAAGGCUGUGAGAGCAACACCCAGAACAACCUUUUGAGAGCGUCUUAUUAACUGCUGCUCUGAAAGGAAUUUGUGGAAUAAGUUAUUCAUGAACCUAAGCCCUAAGUCAUACACAAUUAGGCAUGAUUAGUCUAAUUAAAUAUCUAGCUACCAGCACAAUCAAGGAGGGAAUGCUUGAGUCUGUCUAAGUAAUCAACCUUAUCCUGCGAUUAUUAUUCACCACAUGUGGCUGAAACUCAUCAGCAGAUGUCUGUAAUCAUGGUUGAGUGACAAGCCUGCUGUCCAAUAGCCACCAUGAUAGCUACAGGUGGCUUGCUGCGCAUGAACAGGCGCCAGGAUUCCCUGCGCUCCAAAAACCGGGCAGAAAACAAAAGGAAGCGGAAAUCCAAGAAGAAGAAGAAGAACGACGUGGUGGUGGUGAAAGGGAAGCUCAAUCUGUGCUCCCCGGCCGGCAUGGUGGCUGGUUUUGGAGUUAUAGUUCUCAUGGUGGGGAUUUCCAUGGCUGUACUGGGCUACUGGCCCAGCCAGAACCAGCACGAGUACCAGGAGCGCCGCAGAACUGGAGUAUACCACACCAACAGGAUGAGCUACUCGAAAAGUCCAGCUGUUUCCUCUAACUUGACCCGUGAGAAGCCUCCCUCCGGCCAGACAAAUGUAUUCAACCAGAGCCAUUCUAACAGCAGCACCGCCGACCCUUCCCGUCACUGUGGCUUCCUGUGUGACUUCCUGGAUAAUUACCUGUACUCAGACAAUCUGAAAGUCUUCGGACCGCUGGUUAUGGGAAUCGGCAUUUUCCUCUUUAUCUGCGCCAAUGCAGUCCUCCAUGAAAACCGAGACAAGAAAACCAAAAUCAUCAACCUUAGGGAUAUCUACUCCACGGUUAUAGAUCUACACAGCAUACGGUCCAAGGAGUACUCACCCCUAAACGGUUUGGUGAACUACACUCAGUCGAGGAAUGCCGAGGGCCCAUCAGGCUCGUUCCCUGCAAGUGGGAUGCUUACUCGUAGCUCCUGGCCCUCCACUGGACUCGGUUUCCAGGGUGAGUUAGGCGGCGAUGAGGUGUUCAGACGUCCGUCAUUGGCCAGCAGGCCUCAUAGCUGGUCCAGAGACGUCCAGACCUUCACAGACACUGUCUACAGCAUCUACAAAGACUACAGCAAUAGCAGCGAGCAGGCCCCACAGCCCCGACAGUGGGAGACCACCUCCAUCGUCACCUCCUCUGUGAACGCUUUCACCCUCCCUGUGAUCAAACUGAAUAACUGUGAGGUGGAGGAGUCUGCGAAAGCGGAGGCAGAGGGACACUCGGAGGAAGGGGUUGUUAUUGAGGCUGUUGCCGAAACCAUUAGCGAGGAAGGACAAGCCAGCAGCGGCCAGACGGACGCCAAGGAGAAGGACGCCUUGACGACUGAUUCUCCUCCGCCCCGUCAGAGCCAUGAGGAAAUAACCACAGUCACAGCUGACCAACAGGGUGCGUCGCAGCCUCAACCGCAGUGGACCCAGCUGUUUCCUCCAUCACCUGUUGCCAGGGCGAUGGGGUCACGUCUGUCGCUCAACUCCCUCACGGAUCAGCCCAGGUCUGCACGCCGCUGCAGCCUGUCUGUGUCUGUGUGUCGUCAAGGCGACAGAGCCAGGCGCUUCAGCUGCCCUCGACUGGAGCGAUCCAACAGUAAGGGCUACAUCAAACUGACUGACCUGGGGGGCGAGUCCUUCGAGGCCCCUGACACAGACAUUUCUUUAGUGGCCACUGAACAGGAAGUAGCAACAAACGCGGCGGCGGUGGCAGCAGCAGCAGUGGCGGCGGCAGAGGAAGGAGCUCAGGGAGAGGACAAUUUGGUGACACCCAGCACCUCUGCAGAAUCCUAGACUAAUAUUUUUUGCUGAUGAGCCUCUAAAAAACUCUUUGAUGUCUUGUUCUUUACUUCGUACCUUCUUCUCUGAUCGCUGAUGUGAAGCUGGCCAUUACAGAGGAAAGGAAACGUGGAGAGUAAGCAGCUAAGGACUAUUGAAACAUAGCCAUGAACACUCAAGAGCAAGGCUCUUUAUAAAUACCACAUCCACAGCUCAAUAUUCAGAUGUAAUUUUUCUAUUUUUUCAAUGUAGCAAGAGCAAUACUAAAGACUUGUAAGAAGAUUUAGUAAAGAUUUGUAAAAAACAAAAACAAAAAACAAAAAGAAAAUCUGAUCUGAUGAGUUUGAACUUUUUUUUUUCCUGUUUUAGGGCAAACAUUGUAGCUUGUAGAAUUGCCAAAACUGUCACUGAGAACUACUGUCUGACAUGUUGUACUGUAGCAUUAACAUAUGCCACAGAAAACUAAAUAGUCUAGAAUUGUUUCUCUACAUCGUUUUGUGAAUACCACGUGAAAAGGUGAACUGAAUUUAAUCUCAGGUAGACGUUUGGUUUAGGAUCGGGACCUUGCGGACAAGGUCUUCCUCUGUGCACACUUGUUUAUAUGAGACAUUCAUGGUUGAAUAAACUUGACUGUAACACCUCCUGUCGGGUCUAAUAGGCUUCCUUGUGUGAUAUUAGAUUAAAUGCAGUUUAAACAGCAUCAGAAAAAUGAAAUUAAAAAGAUGAAAAACU